AUGUUCUCCCUCUACUGUGAGCAAACGCUUUGGACCUUGGAGCCAAUUUUGAUGUUGUUAAAACUUCUAAUGGGUGGGAGUGGGGAUACCCCUUUUGCCUUAUUCACAGGACCUAUCCAUUUGUUUCCGUGCCACAAUUUUGUUCAGAAUAUCACUAACCUAGUCCCUGGAGUAGUCCUAAUGCUCUUUUUGGGCAUUCUUGGAGGACUCAAUGCAGAACUGCAAUAUAAGGUUGGAGUGUCUAUUGAUGGGCUCCAGUAUAGUUGGAUUUGGUUCUUGGAGAACUUCAAGGAAUCAAGUGAUCAUUCAAUGCGAUUGGUUUCUAUUUACUGCUGGAGGCUGUCAAGUACCCCAGUAACCAGUACCAUGGGAGAGGUGGCAAUAAUGCAUUCUGAGCCUCUGCAGUUUGAGUGCAAUGACAUCAAACAUAUGACUGAAAAUGAAGUGUAUGCUCCAGAGUCAAAUGCAGAGGACUUGCAUACAGAAGAAUCAAGUCAAUCUACAGACCACAAAAAUAUCAAUAACUUGCCAGAGAAGGGAUACAUGGAGUAUGGAUGUCAACAUUACCGGAGAAGAUGCCGAAUCAGGGCCCCCUGUUGCAAUGAGAUUUUUGAUUGCCGCCAUUGUCACAAUGAAGCAAAAAAUGAUAUCAACAUUGAUCAGAAGCAUAGACAUGACAUUCCCCGGCACCAAGUCAGGCAGGUGAUUUGUUCACUUUGUGGGACAGAACAAGAGGUUCAGCAAAACUGUAUAAAUUGUGGUGUUUGUAUGGGCAAGUACUUCUGUGGAACAUGCAAGCUUUUUGAUGAUGAUAUAUCUAAGCAGCAGUACCAUUGCAGUGCCUGUGGAAUUUGCAGAACUGGAGGAAGCGAAAAUUUCUUCCAUUGCAUCAAGUGUGGUUGUUGUUACUCGACUCUGCUGAAAAACAGUCACCCUUGUGUAGAAGGAGCGAUGCAUCAUGAUUGCCCUGUUUGUUUCGAGUAUUUGUUUGAAUCAAGAAAUGAUAUCACUGUUAUGCCAUGUGGGCAUACAAUCCAUAAGAGCUGCCUGAAUGAAAUGAGGGAACAUUUCCAGUAUGCUUGCCCUCUCUGCUCGAAGUCAGUCUGUGAUAUGUCAAAGGUCUGGGAGAAAUUUGAUCUAGAGAUUGCUGCUACACCAAUGCCUGAACCAUAUCAAAAUAAAAUGGUUUGGAUCCUUUGCAAUGACUGUGGUAAAACUAAUCACGUUCAGUUCCAUUUUGUGGCACAAAAGUGCCCGAACUGCAAGUCCUAUAAUACACGACAAACAUAA